AGUACACAAGGAAAUCCCAUUGGAGAAUCCUCCAGAAACUUCUACUCUUGCUGAAGUGAUAGGCUCCCCUGAAGAAGUUAGCAUUCAGGCUUCUGCUGAUCAACCAAACGGUGUACCUGCAACUCAAGACGCGCCUGAGAAAACGGAAGAGAUUGUGUCGGAGGCAACACCUGUUUCACUGCAAGGGGCGACUGCUGACCCAGCAGAGGCUUCAGCUGAUUUGCCAGUUCCCGAAGAGUCUGUGCCUUCUGCUGAGGCUCCCAUGUCUUCUUCAGAGCCGCACAUUCAGGAAGAAGUAGCUCCCCCUGAAGAAGUUCUGAAAAAGGAAGAGUCAGCUGUUGCUGCUGAAGAGUCUGCCUGCAUAAAGGUUACGCAGAUAUCUGCUGAAGUAGAGGCCUCUGGAGAAGAGCCGGCAGCAGUGGCAGAAAAUAUUCCUGAUGAGCCAAAACCAUCUGCCUCUGAAGACAUCAGUGUGAAAACUGAAGAUGUGAAGACGAGUGAAGCACCAAAGUCAGCAGAAGAAUGCCAGAAGGAUCUCUGCCUGGACGCAGCUCCUGAAGUAUCGUCUGGUGACGUGAACGUCGAUAUUUCUACUCAAAAUGAAAACCUAGACGAGAAGGAACCUGUUAUACUUCUCUCCAAGGCCAUUCAGUCAAAGGGGACUUCAAAAUGUGAAGAUCCAACUCUUUCCACCCGCCACCUGUCAGGUUGGUUUAUCUUUUGUGAAAGGCAGGCUCUCUCUUACCAUAACUUUUUGUCUCAAUGUUUGGAAAGCACCUUAGUGAUUACGUUAACUUGAACAAAGAUGUUUUCCAUACAGUGUUGAUAGUCAGUCAUUUUGCAAAAUGAUGAAAUUGCUUUAGCCAUUCUGCUAUCUGUUUGUUUUCUGUCUGGGGAGGGGGGGGGUAUUAUAAUUAAUCAUUAUAAUAUAUAUUUGACAUAUUUAAGAUGCAUUAUUCAGUAUACCACCCCUACAUUUCACUGCACAUAAAACUUGAUCUGUUUGGCCAGGCGUUGGUCAGCUCUACUGAGGCACCAGUUGAGGUUCAGUAGGUGCAUUGAUGCGUUGCAAAGCCCGGUGCUGUGCCAUAUUUCAUUGAGAUGUGGUCUUGGACAUUGUAAAUACGCAUUUUGUUUUGGUCUUUCUUGCAUCCUGACUAAAUGUAGAAUGCAGUUUUCCGUGUGGAAGUUGGUAGUAUGUCCCGUGCAUUUUGAGUGGCAAUUUGCAUCAAACUAAAGUUCGGCAGGUGUGUCCUUUUUCCUAACCCUAAGAAAGAUGAUUGCGUCUUGGUUUGAUCCUUUAACCCGCAUGAGCAAGACUUCCACUUUCCCUUCAAAAAUGUUUAAAGAAUCUUUUUCUAUUCAGCUACACCUCCUGCCCCAGCUCAGGCAGCUACUGGCUCUGCUAAGCCCAAAGGCAAAGAUGCCAAAAGUGCCCCAAAGGCUGUGCCUGGCAGAAGAAAACGCUCAUCAAUGUCUGCCUCUUCCUCUUCUCCCACCUCACCAAAGUCUACUCCUUCCUCAACCCCUCGGUCACCCGUGCAAUCUCCCCUUGCUUCCUCACCUGCUAGUCAGGGUAACCGCUCCGCCCCAAAAGUUGUCAAGGCAGGCAAACAAGGAAAGGCUAAGAAAGGAGAGGCAUUUGCGCCUGUUCCUGCCCCUGUGGACAGCCAGGUCACAGGAGCAAGUGAAAAAACAGUAGAGGCGGUCCCCAUGAAAACAGUAGUUGAAGCUACAACCGCCUCAGUCGAGCCAAAAAAAUCACCAGCCCCAGCUGCUUUUAAAGUAACCUCAAAGCCUGCUGUAGCUGCCCCAGUUUCAUUUUUAGAUACUAUUGCUUCUAGCCCUCCCAAAUCAGCUGAAGUUAAGUCACCUAAAUCAAAAGCUGCUCCUGUUGCUGCAGCAGCUGAUGAGGAACUCCCUCCUCUUAUCCCACCUGAGAAGCCUGUUAAAAUGCCAGUGUUUGUACCCCCUGUAGAGGUUGGAGAGGUAGCACCCAAACCUGAAGCUGUUGAGGUUGUUAAACCCGUUGAAGCCCCUAAACCAGUUGCUGAGGCCAAUCCUGCACCCGUUAAGGUCCCGAAACCUGCACCUGUUGACGUUGCUAAGCCAGUUGCUGAGGCCAAACCUGCAACUGUUGAGGCCCCUAAACCAGUUGCUGAGGCAAAACCUGCACCUGUUGAGGCCCCUAAACCAGUUGCUGAGGCCAAACCUGCACCUGUUGAGGCCCCUAAACCAGUUGCUGAGGCCAAACCUGCACCUGUUGAGGCCCCUAAACCAGUUGCUGAGGCCAAACCUGCACCUGUUGAGGCCCCUAAACCAGUUGAGGCCAAACCUGCUCCGGUUGAGGCUCCUAAACCAGUUGUUGAGGCUCCUAAACCAGUUGUUGAGGCUUCUAAACCAGUUGUUGAGGCUCCUAAACCAGUUGUGGCCAAACCUGCUCCGGUUGAGGCUCCUAAACCAGUUGUUGAGGCUCCUAAACCAGCUGCAGAGGCCAAACCUGCACCUGUUGAGGCCCCUAAACCAGUUGCUGAGGCCAAACCUGCACCUGUUGAGGCCCCUAAACCAGUUGCUGAGGCCAAACCAGCUCCUGUUGAGGCCAAACCUGCUCCUGUUGAGGCCCCUAAACCAGUUGUUGAGGCCAAACCUGCUCCUGUUGAGGCCCCUAAACCAGUUGUUGAGGCCAAACCUGCUCCUGUUGAGGCUCCUAAACCAGCUGCAGAGGCUAAACCUGCACCUGUUGAGGCUCCUAAACCAGCUGCAGCGGCCAAACCUGCUCCUGUUGAGGCUCCUAAACCAGCUGCAGCAGCCAAACCUGCUCCUGUUGAGGCCCCUAAACCAGUUGCUGAGGCCAAACCUGCCCCUGUUGAGCCUGCCGUGGCUGACCCAGCUCCCCGUAAACUCACAUUUGCUGAGGCAGUUGCAAAACCUGCUGCUGAUAAACCUGAGGUUGAGGUAACUCAUUCUGAACCUAUCUCAUCACCCAAACCUGCCCCCACUCCCGCUAAAACCCCAGCGAAGGUGGAGCCUGUGAUCAAGAACGACAAGGGUAUUUUCUUCUUUUUCCUCCUGUGUGCUGUUUUUUCCCCACUCUCGCUGCGUUUUCGGUGAUGCUCAUGCUUAGAUAUGCCAUUCUCUUUAAAAAGCAAAAAUCGUGUAAGUAAGUAUGCUCUAGCUUUGAUUUAUAGUUUUAACUGCUUACUAACAGAUAGUCGCUGGAAUGGAUGCAACUGUUAUUGGAAACAGUUAUGCAAAUAUAUGUCUAAUAGGUUUUUUUGUUUUUAUUCAUUUCAUUAGUGAAGAUGUGUAGUGUCAGUCUGGUUAAUGUUGUAUUGGAUAGGAGGGUGUCAAGUGUUCAAUACUUGGACUACACAGUCAUUUGGAUUUGAGGUUCAAAAUGUUGUAAUCAAAGUGACUCGGCAGCUUCAGGUUCAUUAUUAUUGCAGUCUAUGUUGUUGGGGUGGGUGUAGUUCAUGUUCGGUAAUGACAAAUGUGUACUGCAUUUUUAACUGUUAUUGACCAACCUGUUUUGAUUUCCCCAGGAUUAAUGCAUAUUUUGUUCCAGCUUGAGAACAUGUGUAUAUAAACAGGUUGAGGUGACUGAUUUUGGUUUCUGUUGGUGCUUUUUU